CCGCGCCAGGUCCCCCCGACCCUCUCUGGGCCCGGACCUCCUCCCGGUACCCGGGCCGGCUGGGUCAGGUCCCUUUCGAGCCGCGCGGGCUGACCCGGCUGGAACGCGCCAUGCGGCUGCAGGUGCUGCGGGCCCGGCUCCCGCUCCUGGCGCUGCUGCUGCCGCUGCUGCCGCCACCCGCGCUUGCCCCGAAGCCCGCAGCGCAGGACGUGAGCCUGGGCGUGGACUGGCUGACCCGCUAUGGCUACCUGCCGCCACCCCACCCCGCCCAGGCCCAGCUGCAGAGCCCUGCUAAGCUGCGGGAUGCCAUCAAGGUCAUGCAGAGGUUUGCGGGGCUGCCGGAGACAGGCCUCAUGGACCCAGUGACAAUAGCCACCAUGCACAAGCCCCGCUGCUCCCUGCCAGACGUGCUGGGGGUGGCAGGGCUGGUCAGGCGGCGGCGCCGGUACGCUCUGAGUGGCAGCGUAUGGAAGAAGCGAGUGCUGACAUGGAGGGUUCGUUCCUUCCCCCAGAGCUCCCCGCUGAGCCAGGAGACUGUGCGGACCCUCAUGAACUAUGCCCUGGCCGCCUGGGGCGUCGAGUCGGGCCUUACAUUCCACGAGGUGGAUUCUCCCCGGGACCCAGAGCCCGACAUCCUCAUCGACUUCGCCCGGGCCUUCCACCAGGACAGCUACCCCUUUGACGGGAUGGGGGGCACCCUGGCCCAUGCCUUCUUCCCCGGGGAGCAUCCCAUCUCCGGGGACACUCACUUCGAUGAUGAGGAAACCUGGACUUUUGGGUCAAAAGACGGUGAGGGCACCGACCUGUUUGCUGUGGCUGUCCAUGAGUUUGGCCAUGCCCUGGGCCUGGGCCACUCCUCAGCACCCAACUCCAUUAUGAGGCCCUUCUACCAGGGCCCAGUGGGUGACCCUGACAAGUACCGCCUGUCCCAGGAUGACCGCGAGGGCCUGCAGCAGCUCUACGGGAAGGCGCCCCAAACCCCGUACGACAGGCCCACGAGGAAACCCUUGGCUCCUCCUCCCCAGCCCCCAGCCCUGCCCCCGGACCGCCCCUCGGACCCGGUCCCUGAUCGAUGUGAGGGCAAUUUUGACGCCAUCGCCAACAUCCGCGGGGAAACCUUCUUCUUCAAAGGCCCCUGGUUCUGGCGCGUCCAGCCCUCGGGCCAGCUGGUGUCGCCCCGGCCUGCCCGGCUGCACCGCUUCUGGGAGGGGCUGCCCCCCCAGGUGCGGGCCGUCCAGGCCGCCAACGCCCGGCACGGAGACGGCCGGAUCCUGCUCUUCAGCGGCCCCCAGUUCUGGGUGUUCCAAGACCGGCAGCUGGAGGGCGGGGCGCGGCCGCUCACGGAGCUGGGGCUGCCGCCGGGAGAGGAGGUGGACGCCGUGUUCUCGUGGCCGCUGAACGGGAAGACCUACCUGAUCCGGGGCCAGCAGUACUGGCGCUACGACGAGACGGCUGCGCGCCCCGACCCAGGCUACCCGCGCGACCUGAGUCUCUGGGAAGGGGCGCCCCCCGCCCCGGACGACGUCACCGUCAGCAACACAGGUGACACCUACUUCUUCAAAGGCGUCCACUACUGGCGCUUUCCCAAAGGCAGCGUCAAGACCGAACCGGAGUCGCCCCGGCCCAUGGGGCCCAUGUGGCUGGACUGCCCCGCCCCCAGCUCUGGCCCUCGGGCACCCCGUCCGCCCAAAGCGACCCCCAGGUCUGGACCUUGCAACUGUCAGUGCGAGAUCAAUCAGGCCGCCGGGCGGAGGACCGCGCCCCUCCUGCUGCUGCUCCUGCCCCUGCUGGCGAGGGGCGUCGCCUCCCGCUGAGGGGGACGUCCUGAGCCUCCUACUCGGAAAGGGGCUAGAGCCUCCAC